UACCUGUCAAUCAAAGUAAACUUGACCAAUCAAUGACACAAACGUCCCGCAAACCCCGCCCCCUCAUACUCCAGUCUGCCUAUAUAAACGGCCUGAGCGGAGUGUUGGUCCUCGCUCGGUGCCGCCACGCCUCGGACUUUUACACCACACAGGGUCAUGGCUGCCAAGACGGAACGCACCUUCAUCGCCAUUAAACCUGAUGGAGUUCAGAGAGGACUCAUCGGUGACAUCAUCAAACGCUUUGAGCAGAAAGGCUUCCUCCUCGUCGCACUCAAGUUCCAGCAGGCAUCUGAGGAUCUGUUGAAGCAGCACUACAUUGACCUGAAGGACCGCCCCUUCUACCCAGGCUUGGUGAAGUACAUGAGCUCUGGACCUGUGGUCGCCAUGGUGUGGGAGGGUCUGAACGUGGUAAAGACUGGUCGUGUGAUGCUGGGAGAGACAAACCCAGCAGACUCCAAACCCGGAACCAUCCGAGGAGACUUCUGUAUUGAAGUGGGCAGGAACAUCAUCCACGGCAGUGACUCAGUAGAGAGUGCUAACAAAGAGAUCGCUCUGUGGUUUAAACCCGAGGAGCUGGUCUCCUUCAAGAGCUGUGCUUCCAACUGGAUCUACGAGUGAACCUGACCUGGACCAUACCAUCUGUCUUGACUUGGUUCAGUCUGAACCCCCUUCUCUUUUACACGUGUCCUUUACAAUGUAUUACAACUGGAGCACUUUAAUAAAGACUUCGGAAACCAGA